AUGCUGCCAAAGGUUGCCAAUCACCUCCUCCACCAUACCGCACGUGCAGUAGCCGCGGCCCAAAACCAGACUGGACAUACUAUCCGAAACGUCCUCCAGCUCCAGUCUUCUUCAGGUACCUCUUCUUCUAACUCUGGUCGCAGUAGUUACGGUGCGGGAUCUGGCGGCCCCAAGUAUUCUAGCGGACGCACAUAUACAGGCUAUUCGGGUGCAGGCCGUGCAGUAACCCAAGCCGAGUCAAUAACCUCCAAUGAUGCUACUUACGGCGGCGAGGAUGAAUUAGAAGAGACAUCCUCUGAAAUACCAAAAGCCCCUUCCCUUGCGCAGAAGAAGGGGAUCUUCCUCCAUGCACCGGUAAGGGGUAAGGAGACGCUAACCGUGCUCAAAAAGGUCCAGUCAACCAUCCGUUCCCAACAUGCAUUUGCUGCCCGAGCUGGUGGAGAUGAUACGCUUGUAGAUCUAUUUCCUCCGUCGUCUCUACCACCGCCUUCUAAUGUUCUCGCUAUUGAUGAGAAGUCCUUCGAGGAAAAUGCGCCUUCCCUCGUCUCAUCAACUCCGCCCAAGUCAGCAGAGAAGGACGCCGCGGAGCAGGAGGUCUUUAAAGUCAUCAAUGACGCCGAGGCGACCGGUGACCGGUCCCGUGUAUUAGAAGCAGUCGAAGGACUACGCUCCCAAUCAAGGCUUCUUUCGGCGGCGGGUUAUAAUGCAGCUUUGCGAGCGGUUUCCUCCGUUCGCCAGCCUGGCGAGGACCUCCGAGUCAUCUUGGGUCUUUACAAUGACAUGCUACAUCGUUCUAUCCUGCCGAAUUUCCGAACAUACAUCAAUCUUAUCACUGCGUUCACUGACCGCGAUGUUGAGGUUCAAGGGGUGAUCAGAGUUAUCGAACUUCGCAUCAAAAAGCGUUCUGCCUUUGGUCGCGCCGACAGCUCAGCAAAUGCAGUUGACCAGAAACGGCUUGCGGCCCUACGAGCGGAAAGCAACUUUCGGUCUGCCAUGACCCUUUUUCAGUCCGCAUGUGCAGUCCCGGCUAAUGCACCAUCAAUGGAGAUUUAUGCAGCAUUGCUACGAUCGUGCGCGCUCCAUGCUAAUGUGGAUGCCGCUGUCCGUGUAUUUGCGCAUCUCGAGAGACGGUCUGAUGUCCUACCCAGUCCUCAAAUUUUCGACUAUCUGAUCAGCGCGUAUUCCAACGUUGGAGAUCUUCACGGUGCAAAAGAGGUAUUUGAAGAGUUCAAGGAAAGCUGUCGCUCCAAUCGAAUUAGCAGUUUCAAACCGUCCGGGAUUCCCAAAGUGGAUAAAACUCUUGCUACAAAAGCGCGAAUGUCUCGGAUUAAUGUUUGGAACAGGAUGAUCAAGGCCUACAUUCUCGGCGGACAACAUACGUUGGCCAUCGGUUUGUUGGAACAGAUGCUGGAUACCAAAGCUGGAGAUGCGCUCAAGGUUGCAGAUAUCCCUCCUCCUUCCGCUUCUACAUUUGGCCAAAUCAUCCGAGGUUUUUGUGACGUCGGUGAAGUUGACACCGCGUUAUCUUGGUUCGAUCGUUUACUCGAGCAGGACGUUCCUCCACGUUCUCCAUGGGAAGCGUCCGUUACCCCUGCAAGACCUGAUCGUGCGAUGUACGUCAAGUUGAUAGAUUCGUUGGCCGUUUUGGGCCGCAUCGACGACAUGAAUCGUGUAUUCUCCCAGUUUCUUGAACGUGCACCACAGGAUUCCCUCCAAGUCACUGAGUACGAACGACGCACUGUUUCCCAGGCCAAUUAUUAUCUACGUCCGCAAGCCAAUGCUGAGUCGGACGAGGAUUACACUCCAGCGACGUCAGACAUUGCCGCAGAGACUGCUGCCGAUGACCAUAGGCUUGUGCAAGUUCCAGCUGAUUACGACGCGACAGUGAUAGGACAGACCAUCGACCAGUGUCUAUUCCCUCCGAAUAAUGCAAAUGCUCAUCAGGCGUACGACCGAUUCAAUAACGCUCGCCAAAAGGGACAGUAUCCUCAUACAGGUGUUAUGGCGCGUCUUAUCGGAUAUUUGGGCAGAGAAGGUGAAGUCAUGAAGAUUCGAGAUGUCUAUCAGGCGGCACAGACCUUGUUGGCCACUAUGGAGUAUGACAAGGAGGGGCAAUCUGCGGGCUGGUUCCAGAUAGAGGACUCCAUGAUCAUCGGCCUAGCUCAUGCGGGAGAUGUGGACGCUGCCCAUGUACACAGGGUCCGUAUCAUGGACCACGGUGGGAUGCCAACCGCGGACGCAUACGGGGCCCUCAUUCACCAUGUCAAAGACACAACAGACGACGCUAGCAAUGCCAUGGCCCUCUGGCAGGAGGCUCAAGCGGGAGCUGUUCGUCCCAACAUAUACCUGUACAAUACGAUUAUCUCGAAGCUGGCGAAAGCCAGAAGGGCGGACGACGCCCUUGCCCUAUUCCACGAGAUGAAGCAUAAUCAGGGCCUCGCUCCUAGUUCUGUCACUUAUGGAGCGUUGAUCGCGGCGUGCUGUCGCGUCGGCGAUGCAUCAUCCGCGGAGCGUCUCUUUGACGAAAUGUCCCAACAGUCGAACUUCAAACCUCGUAUCCCGCCUUAUAACACCAUGAUGCAGCUAUAUACUCACACAAAGCCCGAUCGCGCUCGAGUCCUUCACUACUACGAAGCUCUCCUGAAUGCCAACGUCAAGCCCACCGCUCAUACGUAUAAGCUUUUACUUGAUGCAUACGGGACCAUAGAGCCCAUAGACAACCAAGCCGCAGAAGCAGUAUUCGAACGUGUUACUUCCGGGUCUCGACCUCUUGUUCAAGGUACACAUUGGGCAUCUUUGAUUAAUUCCUGGGGUUGUGCACAAAAGAAUCUCGAACGCGCCCUGGCUAUUUUCGAUUCCAUUGCUUCACACCCGUCGACCCGGCGUUCUGGCACUGUUCUCCCUGAUGCUGUAAUUUUCGAGGCCUUGAUCAACGUCCUAGUAACUCACCGGCGCACCGAUAUCAUCCCCCAGUACAUGCAACGUCUCGAAUCUCAUGGAGUUCAUAUGACUGCGUACAUAGCUAAUUUGCUCAUCAAAGGCUAUGCAGCUGUCGGCGACAUUGAACGGUCUCGCGAAAUCUUCGAAAGCCUGGCAGACCCUCCAGAAGGUGUUGCUGCUCCUCAUAAUCAUGCGCCACACGAUAAUGAGGCCGCCGCUGCCCCUGUUCCUACAAAUGCCCUUGUCUAUCGUGAGCCCUCGACGUGGGAAGCUAUGGUGCGCGCCGAGCUGGGAAAUGCUAACAGAGAUGAAGCGAUAGCUCUCCUACAACGACUCCAGGCAAGAAAAUUCCCUCCAGCAGUUUAUAACCGUAUCAGCGGGAUCAUGUUGGAUGACUCGGUAUCUCCCUGGGCAACUCCUUCAGCCUCUCCAUAA